CGGAUGAAUGGCAAUGACGGCAGUGAGAGCGGUGGCAGCGGGGGGCCCGGCGUCUUUGUCCCGGUUUAGGGGAGCGCUGGUCGCGGCUGUGCUGGGAGACUGUGUCGGCGGAGAGUUUGAAGGAGCGGAGGAGGUUCCCAUGGAGAGUGUGCUGCAGCAUCUGAACAGCCUGGACGACGACACCAAAGGAAAUGGUAUCCUUGAGUACAGUGAUGACACGGCAAUGGCACGUUGUGUGGUCCAGUCUCUGCUCACCCGUGCUGGCUUUGAUGAGCAGGACAUGGCUCGCAGGUUUGCUAAGGAGUACAGUGCAUCCCCGGGUCGUGGUUAUGGUUCUGGCGUGAUCCAGGUGUUGAAGAAGCUGUCCUCCCCUCAGCUCAGUGAUGUGUACCAGCCGGCCAGGGACCAGUUUAACGGUCGAGGCUCCUUUGGGAACGGGGGAGCCAUGAGGGUGGCCCCCUUCGCACUGGCUUUCCCUGAUCUGGCUGAUGUUAAAAGGUUUGCCCUUCUGGGUGCCAUGCUGACCCACUCCUGCUCUCUGGGUUAUAACGGCGCAGUGCUGCAGGCGUUAGCUGUCCACCUCUCCCUGCAGGGGGCGCUAGACCUGCCUCAGCAGUUCAUCAGCAGGCUAAUCACAGAGAUGGAGGAAGUGGAGGGCAACGAGGCUGCACGCAAUGAUGCCAGAAUCCUAAAAGAAGCAGAGAAACCAUUCUGCGAGCGCCUCCACAGAGUUAGAGACCUGAUGGACAGAAGCAAGGUCAGCAUAGAGGAGGUUAUUUCUGAACUGGGUAAUGGCAUUGCGGCGCUCCACUCAGUCCCCACUGCCAUCUUCUGUGUCCUCCACUGCCUGCAGCCCCGGGAAUGCCUUCCAGAGAAGUACGGCGGCCUGGAGAGGACAAUAGCGUACAGCCUGGCCCUGGGAGGGGACACAGACACCAUAGCCUGCAUGGCGGGGGCCAUCGCUGGGGCUCACUAUGGCAUCGAGGCAAUUCCUCAGUCGUGGAUGAAGUGCUGCGAGGGGGCGGAGGACGCAGACAUGAACGCAGCGCGACUACACAUGCUGUACCACCAGUCAUCACAAGGAGGCGGGAGUGGAACAGGGGAGCUGAGCUGCGAAGACGCAUCUGAACGCAAGUCAAAUGCUUCUAUCAGCACAGAGAAGAAAACCGGAGCUCAGUGAUUCUUCAACUGGAGUUUGACAAAAGGACUCUUGAACACACACACAAAUUACACUUACACUAAAAAAAUACCUUUUUGUUUUCAGACUGUGUUGGUGAACUUGGAACCUGUGAUUAAGGGCAAGCUAUUUCAACAUUGCAACAUUAUUUGACUUGUCAAAACAGCUCAUUUUCUUUCCUCUUCCUAAUUGGAUCAGCAGGGAUUGAGGCCCUCAAGCUUGUGAGGGGAAAAAAAAAAAAAAAGCAAAGAAGGAUUUUGUUAGGUAACAGAAUAUUGAAGCUGAACAAACAAAAAACUUUAAAGUGUCACCAGACAGACUAGAUUAACUGUGUGAUAACUGUCAUACAGAAAUUUGGUCUGUGUAUGCACACACAGUACAUCAUACACACACACACACACCUCUCUCCCUAACCUGCUCUUUCCUGUUUUGUGUUGAACAAUCUUUUGUCAUGUGAAAGUUGCACUAUGAAUUGACCGUGUCUUGUUUUAUCCUUUUGGCGGAUAACAAUUAUUUAAUAAACUUUUCUUCUUCUUUUUUUUUUUUAAAUUUA